CUCCUUCCCUUGCAAGACGUGUGGUGUCUUUACGUCGUGUUUUUCAAGAUGGCUGUCAAGGGCGUGAUGUUCAUCCUCUUCGCUUUGUGCUCCUGUGGCCACGGCGUCGAAGUUGAAGCAGAAGGAGGAAGUGGAGGAAGGUACUUGAGCGACAGCCAACUCUUUACCCUUGGCACCGUUAACAUCAGCAACCUCAUCUUGUUUGGUCUCGGCGCCCUCCUGGCACUGGCACUGCUGGCUGUCUUCUCCAAUACCCCUCGUGCUGCUCGCUACGUCCAGCCCGCGUACGCCCGGGAAUCCGCGGCUUAUGAACGGAGCCAAGAUGUGCACAGGAACUUGGAAGAAGCUCAAGAAAAAUACCAGUAGAUAGUCAGCGUCUUUACAUCCGUUUUCUGUUGGUUGUCUAAGUUAUUGUGUAUAUUUAUGAGAAAAGAGUAUUUUUAAGAAUAAAUAAGUGUUCUGUA